UUACUGGCACAUCAAAUUUACUUCACUCACAGCAAUCAGCAGAUGCAUACGAAUGAGUCUAAUUAGUCAUAUCAUUAUAUAUGUGUAUUAAUGCAGUUCUACCCAGAUACUUCCAGCAGCGACCGAAUAUAUCCAGCAAUUAAGUCGAAUUCCGUCUGUGCGUAAACGUAGUGCGCGCCAGGUCUCUGCCAUUUUAAACUCUACAUUAAUAUUAAUUUUUUCAGACCAGGGAUCGAAGUAAGUGAGAUACUGCCAUCAGUGUUAGUCUUGCCGUCGCUCAGCGUCCUUGCCAAAUUCUUGCCGACUCCAAAAUGUUGCCUUGUUUUCUGGUUGCAUGGAGACUGAAAGGGUGCAUUGUGCGAGCCCCGAACUGUGGGAACAGGUUCAGUGGCGCGUCGUGGAUGCCAGCGGCUCUCAGCACAACUUUAAGGGGACCUGAUGGGGGCGAAUCAAAAUACUGACCGAUCCGACAGUAGGAGAACGAACUGAUCUGCUGUAGCCUACGAUAUUAUCGGAGACCUGCUGAAGAACUCAUCAUGAAAAGGAGAGAAAAGGGUGGUAAGAGUUUUCACCAUUCCCUGCUUCAUGGCCAGCUACUCCCGCAGCGCACCUCUGCCGGAGAAAAGCGCACUUGUUGCGGACCCGCAGUUUCAGGAGAUUGUACAGAGGAGCCGCAGCUUAAUACAAAAGAUCCUCCUCUCCAUUCCCGACACGCACAAAUCCUGCAUUCAUACAGAGACUCUACGACUUGACUCUUCAGAAAAUGGAAAUCUGGUGAUAAUGGCAUCCAACAUUGGCAUCCCCUCUGCCCCUGUAAUCAAAGCUGUGUCAGAGAGCUUCACUUUGGAGGCCAGUUUGUCACAGAUGUCUGAGGGUCUUCAGGUGCACCAGGCCUUGCUUAGUGCUGUCUCUCCUCGGCUGGAAAACAAAGACAGAGUGACUGAGCUAAUGGCUGACAUCAGAGAUCUCACCAUUCAAAUCAAUAAGAUGCUGAAAAUGGUCCAGACAGAGACUGUGGCACAGCCCACCCCGACCCCUAGAGCUUUACGUCUGCCAGGGGAAUAUGAGGUCCAGGUGGCAGCACACCUGACUCUGGUGCAGCUCCAGUCCUUUGGGCAGGACAUGGUCCACUGCCUCAGGGGUCUGGACCAGAGCAAUGAGGAGACAGAGAGCUGACCUCCAGAUGCCAUACUGUUAACUGCUUUUGGUUGAUCGCCAAAACGUACUUUAACUCGCUGUUGUUUUAAAUGGCAUUAAGUUAUUUAUCCUUUAAAUUAUUAUUUAUUUAAAAAAAGUCUAUAUAUUUAUUGAUCUUUGAAUACUGUUUAUCUCUCAGGCCUCUUUGUUGACAGCUUCAGGCUUCACUGCACUAACAGUACAUAACUGAAAAUGAAAUUCUCCACUCUGCCAUAAACAAUAUGUACACAAUAUUUAAUAAUCCAAAAACUGCUGUGUUUAAUAAGAAUAACAUACACUAAGAAGUUUAGCAACAUUUCUGAAUGUGAUCAACUAUAAACACAUUUUAGGGGACUGGGGGAGGAUAAGAUCUAAUGAUAUAAAUUGUAUUUUUUAAAAUGAAAACAAUUGUUUGUAUGAAUUUUACUUUUAAAACCACUGCACACA